AUGGCAGGCCCACAAGCCGUUCUGCCGACCCUCGAAACCGUCCGGUCCGUCGUGGGGAAACCUCACACCGGGCCCGGGCGGAAGCCCAACCUCGUCCCCAUAUACCGCCAGAUCUCGUCGGACCUCAUCACCCCCUCGGCAGCCUACCUCAAGAUCUCGGCCGCCUCCUCGUCCGACUACUCGUUCCUGUUCGAGUCGGCGGCCACCGAGCAGAUCGGUCGGUACAGCUUCGUCGGCGCCGGCCCGCGCAAGAUCCUCGCCACCGGCCCCGGGUACGGGCCCGAGACGGACCCCCUGCCGGCCCUGGAGGCGGAGCUGGCCGCCCACGUCGUCGCCCACGUGCCCGGGCUGCAGCUGCCGCCGCUGACGGGCGGCGCCAUCGGCUACGUCGGCUACGACUGCGUGCGCUACUUUGAGCCCAAGACGGCGCGGCCGAUGCAGGAUGUCCUGCGCAUCCCCGAGUCGCUCUUCAUGCUGUUCGACACCAUUGUGGCGUUUGACCGCUUCUACGGCAUAAUCAAGGUCAUCAGCUACGUCCAGGUGCCCGACGACGACGACGACGCCGACGACGACGGCGCCGUCCGGCCCGGCGCGCUGGACGAGGCGUACGCCGCGGCGAGCCGGACGAUUGACGAGCUCGUCCGCGUGCUGGCGUCGCCCGACGUCCGGCUGCCCGAGCAGGGCCCCGUCCAGCUGGGCCGCGAGGCCGAGUCCAACAUUGGCCAGAGGGGCUACGAGGCCCACGUCGCCAGGCUCAAGGAGCACAUUGUCCGGGGGGACAUCUUCCAGUGCGUCCCGUCGCAGCGCCUCGCCCGCCCGACCAGCCUCCACCCGUUCAACAUCUACAGACACCUGCGCACCGUCAACCCCUCGCCCUACCUCUUCUACAUCGACUGCAAGGACUUCCAGAUUGUCGGCGCCUCGCCCGAGCUGCUCGUCAAGAGCGAGGCCGGCAGGAUCAUCACGCACCCCAUCGCCGGCACCGUCAAGCGCGGCAGCACCCCGCACGAGGACCAGAGGCUGGCCGACGAGCUGAGGAGCUCCCUCAAGGACCGCGCCGAGCACGUCAUGCUCGUCGACCUCGCCCGCAACGACAUCAACCGCGUGAGCGAUCCCUACACCGUCCGCGUCGACCGCCUCAUGGUCGUCGAGAAGUUCAGCCACGUCCAGCACCUCGUCUCCCAGGUAUCCGGCGUCCUGAGGCCCGGCAAGUCCAGGUUCGACGCCUUCCGCUCCGUCUUCCCCGCGGGGACCGUCUCCGGCGCCCCCAAGGUUCGCGCCAUGGAGCUGAUUGCCGAGCUGGAGAAGGAGAAGAGGGGCAUCUACGCCGGCGCGGUGGGUUACUUUGGCUACGGGGGCGAGGACGAAAACGGCAGCGUCGUCCCCGGAGCUAUGGACACGUGCAUUGCUCUGCGCACCAUGUUGGUCAAGGAUGGAGUUGCCUAUCUCCAAGCAGGUGGCGGCAUUGUCUUUGACUCGGACGAGUACGACGAGUGGAUGGAGACUAUCAACAAGCUUGGUGCCAACAUGGCGUGCAUCAACUCAGCAGAGGAAUUAUAUCAUCACCAGCAGCAGCAGGAUGCUGCUGGCCAAAAAUAG